AAUGAGUCGAAAAAACGAAGGUUUUUACAGCGUUCACUCAGAUUUCCUGGAGUUGAAAAGAACCCAACACCAUUCCGUGUCCUUAACGUUCAUAGGAGAUGUGGGCGUGGGUAAAACGACGUUCAUCGAAGCGUACGGAAACAGGAGACCAAUCCAAACUUUGCACAUCGGAGACAACACCAUCGACGUGCACAUCAUGGACACGGAAAACAUACAGCAUCACGAAGAGGUUCUCCGAGUCUGGUACAAAAUGACGAGCUUGCUGGUCUUGUGCUAUGACAUGACCGAUUCGAUCAGUUUAGAUAACAUUGCGCAAUUGUGGAUGGACAACGAUCAUUUGAAUAGUGAGUCUCCCAUUAUACUGUUAGGAACUAAAUUAGAUUUAGUUGAAGACAUGGCACUCGCGACGAUUAGGGGACAUGAAAUGAAGCAAUUUAUUAAAGCCGAAGACGUUAUUUUCACAUCGACUAUUCAGAAAAUUGGAUUGGACGAGUUUAAGGAAUGUUUGGUGAGAAUUCUAGGAAAGAAAUUGGUUGUGCCGGAAAGAAAACCCAGGUUUUUCUGUUUCUAAAUCUCUAAAUCGGCAUCGAUGAUGCUACUAUUUAUUAACUUUUGGUACAUAUAUCUUGAAGAACAAAGAUGAAGGCUGUGACAUUGUUUGUAUCCAUUACAAGAUUAAUUAAUGUAAGCAUAUAAAUAAAAUUUGACAUAAACAAAUAUAAA